CCUCAUGCUAUGCAAAUUAGGGGACUGGGUCUGGGUAUAAAACGGAUGGCAGGAUAGAGUUUUUUACAUUCUGCAUGCAUGUUUAAGAGUUGCAUGUUUAGAACAUGGCUCAGCGUAGGAUCGUUUUAGGGAUUUUAGUGUUUUUUUCAGGUCAAUUUGGCUUUGUCUCAACCCAAAGCACAAAUGUGUGCAAGACCUUUGGCAGUGGGGUCAUGCAGACUUUCAAUGGGACCAUGUUCCAUGUGAAAACCACAUGUCCUGUAACACUGACACACUUCUCUCAUGCGGGAGUCGACUGUUUCAUCUCUGUGCAGCGUGAUCAAACUGGCAUCAUGAAGAGAGUUGAGAUUUAUGUGAAUAAAAUUGCUACCAUCAUUCAGGAUGGCAUCCUCACUGUGGAAGGAAACAGCAUCUCCCUGCCCUAUGAUCACACCUAUCAGAAAGUGUAUGCAUUUGGCAUUUAUACAAAGCUUACAAGCAAAGUUCUGCCAUUUUCUGUUACAUGGUACAGUUUACCAAUGGGUGUGACAAGAUUCUGGGUGCAACUGGACCGGCCAUUAGUGGAUGGGAUGACUGGGAUGUGUGGGAGACAAAAUAGUUCAGAAACUCGAGCAGAGCUUCUUGAUAGAAAUGUCAUUCAUGAUGAGAUAUGUGUGACUGGUGAUUCCCAACCGGUAGAGGAUAAGAUUUGUAACGACUUUAAAUCUAAUGCUAGAGAGUGCUUGGGCAAGAGGCUUUAUAUUUUUGACCAACUGUGCAAGCUAAACAUGUAUAUCAAUAUACAUGAAUCGGCAAAGUGUUCUUUCUAUGAAGAAUUUUUUUUUUUCUGCAAUCAAUCAUAUGCCCUGCAAACAAAAUUGCGGAACAUAACUUCAUGCCAGGAACAUCACUGUCCUGGAGAUCUGCUGUAUAAGGACCAAGGUGCUGCUUUUCCUCCCACUUGCUCAAACCCCCAGCUUCAGACAGAUUUUCAAACUGCCACCUGUCUUCCUCCAAAUGGGUUGGUCCUGAACGAUCGAGUUGAAAGCUACUACAGUGUUAAAGUGGAGGAUUGUCCUUGUGUGCACAGAGGAAAUAUUUAUGCCCCAAGAGAUAAACGCAGCACAAAGUGCCAAACUUGUGAAUGCAUCAAAGGAAAAUGGAUCUGUUCAGCUAACACCUGUAUGACUCCGUGCAUCAUUGAAGGCUGGUUUGUCACUACUUUUGAUGGCAAACAAUAUUCUUUGCCUGGGACAUGUACCUAUGUGGCUUCAAGGGGACUGAACUGGACUAUCACCGUCAGGUUUUCUGCCAUGACCAUAGAAGAAAUUUACCUUGAUGUGUAUCAGGAACGAUACACCUUCUCCUUAAACAGUGUACAACUAAGGGAAAAUGAAAUUACAGCCACAAAUCUGUCACAAACUGAACAUGUCACAGUCUACUGGCAGUCUUCCAUGUUUGUUAUGGUCCAGACAUCUUUUGGAAUGAAGAUGCAAGUCCAAGUUUCUCCUGAAGUCCAAAUGUACUUGUAUUUGCUACAGAAUGUAACGGCCACAGGUCUUUGUGGAUCAAACAACAACAACACCGAAGAUGACUUCACUACGAGCAGUGGUAUUGUGGAAAACUCAGCUCAGUCUUUUGCUCUAUCAUGGACGCUUGGGGACUGCACAGCAAAUAACCCCUAUGCAUGCAUCAACACUAACAACGAGUUAUUUGCUGAACAUAAGUGCACCCAGCUGACAAACACAAGUGGUGUGUUUGCUCUGUGCCAUGAAUACGUGCCUGUUAACUCUUAUUUAGAUGCCUGCAUUCGGAGAACCUGCCAAGCUUCCUCUGGCUUAGAGGAGCAUGUGUGUGUUGGCCUGGGAAACUAUGCCAAAGCCUGCGCCAGUCAGGGCAUCAUCAUUGGUGACUGGAGAGCAGAAACAGCCUGCACUCCUUCUUGUGAGAGCAAUCUGAGGUUUGAUUACACCAUGCAGGCAUGUAAUCGUACAUGCCGCUCAUUGUCUGGUCCUGACCCAACCUGUGACAUGCCAGAUGACCUAGUGGAGGGCUGCGGAUGCCCACCUGGCACCCAUCUCAACACACCACUCAGGUGCAGCCCUCGUGCCCUCUGCCAAUGCAACUACCCAGGUGGAACAACUCCUCCAGGUCCUGUGGUUAUUGAUGGACGUCAAUGCAUGUGUGAAAAUGGAUAUCUCCAGUGUUCAGACAAUUGCGACUGUCCAAAUGGACAAAUAUGUGUCCAUUGUGCACAAGCACCAGUAAACACAGUGCAAAAGACAUGUGAGAGCCUGAGCAAACCAUCUAGUUCUGAUCAGAGUUGUAUCAGUGGCUGUUACUGUCCAGAAGGCCAGUAUGCAGACCAUAAUGGCAACUGUGUGACUCAAGAGAAUUGCACAUGUGAAUUCAGUGGGAUGGUUUAUGCAUCUGGGCAGGCCGUAGAAUCGAACUGUAAAACAUGCACAUGCAGAGGAGGACAGUGGGACUGUAAAGGUGAUCCAUGCCCAGGAGUGUGUGAAGUGUUUGGAAAUGGACAAUAUAAGACCUUUGAUUCCAAAUGGUAUCGUUUUGAUGGCCACUGUCAGUACACUCUGGUUGAGGACAUCAAUGGGCUAUUUUCCAUAAAUGCGGAGAGUGUGCCAUGUUGCGAUGAAGUUCUAACCUGCUCUCGCGCCAUCUCUGUGAAACUAAAGGAUGAAGUGACUCUGACCUUGCGUGAUAUGAAUAUAAGUCAGAAGUUCCUGAAUGGGUGGCGCUUGAGAGCUCAGUCACUGUACUCUGUCCACACUGUGGGCCUGUAUAUCAUCAUUUCUGUACCUGAACUAGGCCUCAAAGUGAUUUGGGACAAGCAAACUAAAGUCACAAUUGAGCUGCAAACUUCCUGGAAUGGUCGAGUGCGUGGACUGUGUGGUGAUUUUGAUGGAAAGCUAAUGAAUGACCUGCUGACGAGGAGCUCCACUGUAGUCUUCAGCACACUGGAGUUUGGGAACAGCUGGAAGACAGCCGUGCCUCCCUGUUCGGAUGUGACCCAGGAACUGUUUCCUUGUGAACGUCACUCAUACUGUGCAGCUUGGGCGCAGCGUCGCUGCAUGAUUCUACAAAGUGACACGUUCAAAGCCUGCCACCUAAAGGUUGAUCCAACACCUUACUACCAGGCCUGUAUUCUGGAGUCAUGCUCCUGUGAUUUUGAGGGCAAGUUCCUGGGAUUCUGCACAGCUGUGGCAGCAUAUGCUGAGGCCUGCACAACUCAAAAUGUCUGUAUCAAAUGGAGGACUCCUGACUUGUGCCCGGUCUAUUGUGACUAUUACAAUGAAGAGGGUCAGUGCAGCUGGCAUUAUGAAGCAUGUCCUCAACACAUCAAGACUUGUGGGAAAAGCAACAAAUUUUCUGGAAAGCUUGAAGGUUGUUACCCACAUUGCCCCAGUGAAAAACCAUAUUAUGAUGAGAACAGAAGAAUCUGUUCGAGUUUAGACAAGUGCACUUGUUACUUCAACAAUACUGUGGUCGAACCUGGUGCUAAUGUGACCACACCCAGUGAAUGCUGUGAGUGCAUUGAGGGGCAACUGAUUUGCGAACCGUGUAUAACACCUCCAACUACAAUUGUGUACACACCACAAACAACACCAGGCAUAAAAACUGGGAUAACAUCCAUCUCCCACACCACCACUACUAAAACAACUGAAGAAUCUACAACUACAAUCCCAAUAACAACAAUUACAACAGAUACAACUUUAAUCACCACAACAACAGCAACAGAGACACCCAUAACCCAAACAUCACAAACAACAAAGCCAGUUAUAAUAACCGGGGUGGAAAAGACCACAAUCAGUCCAAGUCCUCAAAAGUCUAAUUACACAACUACUACACCAGGAAUCACUACUAAAAUAACUGAAGAAUCUACAACUACAACCCCAAUAACAACAAUUACAACAGAUACAACUUUAAUCACCACAACAGCAACAGAGACACCCAUAACCCAAACAUCACAAACAACAAAGCCAGUUAUAAUAACCGGGACAACAACGAACCAAGCCAGUCCAAGUCCUCAAGAGUCUACAUACACAACUACUACACCAGGAAUCACUACUAAAAUAACUGAAGAAUCUACAACUACAACCCCAAUAACAACAAUUACAACAGAUACAACUUUAAUCACCACAACAUCAGCAACAGAGAUACCCAUAACCCAAACAUCACUAACAACAAAGCCAGUUAUAAUAACCGGGACAACAACGAACCAAGCUAGCCCAAGUCCUCCAGAGUCUACAUACACAACUACUACACCAGGAAUCACUACUAAAAUGAUUGAAGAAUCUACAACUACAACCCCAAUAACAACAAUUACAACAGAUACAACUUUAAUCACCACAACAACAGCAACAGAGACACCCAUAACCCAAACAUCACAAACAACAAAGCCAGUUAUAAUAACCGGGACAACAACGAACCAAGCCAGUCCAAGUCCUCAAGAGUCUACAUACACAACUACUACACCAGGAAUCACUGCUAAAAUAACUGAAGAAUCUACAACUACAACCCCAAUAACAACAAUUACAACAGAUACAACUUUAAUCACCACAACAACAGCAACAGAGACACCCAUAACCCAAACAUCACAAACAACAAAGCCAGUUAUAAUAACCGGGACAACAACGAACCAAGCCAGUCCAAGUCCUCAAGAGUCUACAUACACAACUACUACACCAGGAAUCACUACUAAAAUAACUGAAGAAUCUACAACUACAACCCCAAUAACAACAAUUACAACAGAUACAACUUUAAUCACCACAACAACAGCAACAGAGACACCCAUAACCCAAACAUCACAAACAACAAAGCCAGUUAUAAUAACCGGGACAACAACGAACCAAGCCAGUCCAAGUCCUCAAGAGUCUACAUACACAACUACUACACCAGGAAUCACUACUAAAAUAACUGAAGAAUCUACAACUACAACCCCAAUAACAACAAUUACAACAGAUACAACUUUAAUCACCACAACAGCAACAGAGACACCCAUAACCCAAACAUCACUAACAACAAAGCCAGUUAUAAUAACCGGGACAACAACGAACCAAGCCAGUCCAAGUCCUCAAGAGUCUACAUACACAACUACUACACCAGGAAUCACUACUAAAAUGAUUGAAGAAUCUACAACUACAACCCCAAUAACAACAAUUACAACAGAUACAACUUUAAUCACCACAACAACAGCAUCAGAGACACCCAUAACCCAAACAUCACAAACAACAAAGCCAGUUAUAAUAACCGGGACAACAACGAACCAAGCCAGUCCAAGUCCUCAAGAGUCUACAUACACAACUACUACACCAGGAAUCACUACUAAAAUAACUGAAGAAUCUACAACUACAACCCCAAUAACAACAAUUACAACAGAUACAACUUUAAUCACCACAACAGCAACAGAGACACCCAUAACCCAAACAUCACUAACAACAAAGCCAGUUAUAAUAACCGGGACAACAACGAACCAAGCCAGUCCAAGUCCUCAAGAGUCUACAUACACAACUACUACACCAGGAAUCACUACUAAAACAACUGAAGAAUCUACAACUACAACCCCAAUAACAACAAUUACAACAGAUACAACUGUGAUCAUCACAGCAACAUCAACGCCAGAAAUCACAACUGAAAAUGAUUUAACAACUACAUUAACUACGACAGAGACACCUAUAACCACAUCAACAUCAAAAAUCACAUCUGUACCUGAAACUGCAACUCCUCCUACCUCAGUGGUAACAAAGACACCAAUAAUGACCACAACAAGAACCUCAGAAUUCACAUCUGAAGAAUCUGCAUCUACAACUCCACUUAUAAGAACUUCAGCCACAUCAGAGACAUCGUUAACCAAAUCAACUACAGAAAUCAUAACUAACGAACCAGUAAUAACUACUACUCCGUCAAUUACAAUAGAGACUCCCGUAACCACAUCAAAACCAAAAACUACAUUAGAUACAGCUUCAACAGCGACAACUAUAAGAACCAAAACAACAAGCCAAAGUAUCAUAACUGAGGGAUUUCCAUCUACAACUCUACUUACUACGACUACAAUGGAGACACCAAUAACAACAUCAACAACAGAAAUCACAACCGAAGAAUCUAAAACUACAACUCAUUUAACUACAACGAGAGAGACACAAGUGACCAACAAAACAUCACCUGCAGAAAUCUCAACUGAAGAACCUACAUCUACAACUACACUUACUACAACAGAGACUCUAGUAACCACUUUAACACCAAAAAUCACGAGUUUAUCUAAACCUACUACUCCAGUAACUACAACUAGAACAGAGACACCCGUAACCAGACCUACAAUUUCAACCACAGAAAUCUCAACUGAAGGAACUACAACCCCGGUUACAAUAAUUACAUCAAAGCCACCUGUCACUAGAACAACAAUAUUAACUCCAGAAACCACAACUCCAUUAACUACAACAACAAAGACACCCGAAUCCACAUCAAUACCAGCAACCACAACUGCACAUUACACUGCUUGCUAUGAUCUGAUUAGAAACCAAACCUGGCCAGAGGGUUAUGAAUGGACAGAAGACUGCUUCACUAAAAUUUGCAAAAACAAUGUUAUUGAGUUAAGACCAUUGAUAUGUCCAACUCCAGUCAUACCUGUGUGCCCCAGAGGAAUGCCAAAGCUGAUGAAAGAUAAACAAGGCUGUUGUGACACCUGGCAGUGUGACUGUCAGUGUGAUGUCUUUGGAGACCCACAUUACACUACCUUUGCUGGACAGGACUUUACGUUCCUGGAAAACUGUACAUAUGUUCUGGUGGAGGAAAGGACUCCUCUUUACCAUCUCAGCAUCAGCAUUGAUAAUUAUUACUGUGAGCCAUCUGCUUCUUGUGCCAAGGGCAUCAUUGUGCAGUACCAAAACAACACAGUCAUGCUUCAAGUGGUUGAAGUUCCUGAUGAUAUUCCUAUAUUACAAAUUACUCUGAAUCAAGUAACAAUAAAGGCCCCAUAUCAAGCACAUGGACUAAGGUUUGAGAGCACAGAUGCGGAAGUCUACAUUUACAUUAAAGAGAUCCGCUCAUACAUCUCUCUCAGUGUAUGGAACACACUGCAGAUCAACCUGGCAAUGGAGCAUUUCUUUAAUAACACACAGGGCCAGUGUGGUGUUUGUGGAGGCGCCUCAUGUAUACGCAGGAAUGGUACAGUUGAGAGAGAGGACUGCUGUGAUAAGACUGCAUACGAAUGGAUAGAAAAUGAUCCAAUGAAACCGUAUUGUCAACAAGCUCCCCAGCAUGUGCCGUGUUUCCCUGUCAUACCACCUAUUUCUCCUGAGCCAACACCACUGUCCUGCACAGCUCCUUUCUGUGACCUCCUCAGACAUCAAGUGUUCAGCGAAUGCAGUGGGGGCAUUGAUGUGGAGAAGCUUGUGAGUAGCUGCAAGUUUGAUUACUGUAUGGCCCAAAACAACGCCAGUGUGUGCUCCCCACUAGAGCGUCUAGCUGAUCACUGCAAGAAGAUGGGCACUUGUGUGGCCUGGCGAAAUCUUACCAGUGGAAUUUGUGACAUUGCUUGUCCUGAAGGAAUGAUUUUUGAUGAGUGCCGGAGCACCCCAACUGAUUUCUGCCGUGGCAGCAUGCGUGUUUCGGGAACAGUUUUGGAUACAGUGAGGUCUGGAUGUUUCUGCCCCAACAACCAGCUACUUGCUGAGAGACACAAGAUGGUCUGUGUAUCCGAAUGCACCAACUGUAAAGGCCCACUGGGAGAACCCAUGCUGGUUGGGGCAACAUGGGAGUCAAAUUGCCACAUGUGUACAUGCAAUAAUCAGACACUGACAGAAGAAUGCUGGCCAAAACCUCCACUUCCAUCUCCUAUAUGCAGUCCUGGCUUUGCUCUCAUCUCUGACUGCUGCGACAACCAGAUAUGCGUUGAGAAGACCUGUGAAUACAGUGGAACAAUAUAUAAGGUGGGUGAGGCAUGGAGGGACCCCAAGACCCCGUGUCUAUCAUAUCGCUGUACAAGUGCAGGCACUGAAAUAGAGCGGACUAUGUGUCCACAACAGUUUUGUCCUGAGGAACUUCGUUUUUGGGAUGAGAAUCAUUGCUGCUAUUCAUGCAACACAACGUGUGGAGUCAAGUUGUCCAGAAUGACUUUUGAGAACUGCACCCAGGAGGUGAUGCUGCCCACCUGUGAAGGAAACUGUGCAUCAGGCUCCUUUUGGGUGAGGUCUGGAAUAGAUCUGAAGUUGGAGCAUAAUCAGUCCAGCUGCCGAGAGAGAGACUACGAGAUAAGACAGAUUUCUCUGGUAUGCAGUGGAGCUACAGCUACACAAUACACUUACAAACACAUCACCAGCUGUGAGUGUCAGCGUGAAGUCUGAAACCUCAAAAGAUCUGCAAUGUCACUGUAAUGCUCAGAGAACCAGGUCUGAGCCAGUUCUGAGUAUCUUAAUUUUUUACAUGAUUUGUUGUCUCGAUAUAUGAUAUAUGAUAUAGUGAUCUGGUGAUUUACACCAGAUCUGGUGAUCUGGUGACUGUCAGUGCCAAAAGAAAUUUUCUGUGAGCCAUUUGUUUUCUUUACAUUUUACACAUGGUGUGAUUAAAUACUAAAAUCUGCGAUCUCAGGUUUAAACGAUAAUCUAAUGCAGCUAAAGUUGAUAUUGUUAUUUUCAUUUUAAUUCAUUUUAAAAUUCUUGAAUGUUCCUUGAAUGUCUGUUUUUAAAUCACUUUCAACCAGUGGAUCAUGCAAUGCCUUUCAAUGAUGGAGUCAUAUUUGUAUGAAUCAUAUGUAAUCAGUAAAUAAAUAUAUGCAAUGCUGUGUUUAA